AAAUAUUUCAAAGAAUAUUUGUGUGAGCCAGGAUUUGAACCCAAUCACUCUUGCUUUAAAACCAUAUUGAAUUAUAUGCAACCAGUUCAUACAAAGAUUCAAGCAAUAAAAGAGGGCCGGACCUUAUAGCCGAGCAGCAGCGUGUAAUGGUAUAUUGUUUACUGAGAGCCGAAUGCAUAAAUAACUUUUUACCUUCAUAAGCCCCACACCCAGAAUCGGAUAUCUUAUAUGACAUCCUUAAUUAUACUGUUGACCUCGUUUCCUGCUCUAAUUGGAACAAAAGCAGGCUAUUCGACACUAUGGGAGAUGCUCGCUUUGAGUUCUUUGGUGAAUGGCUUCUUUCUGUUCUAUUGAACAACGAAUCUUGGGGAGAAAGAUACCAUGCCCAGUUGCCUAUGAGACAAUGGGGCUUCGACAGACGAACACGUAUAUUCAUAUCAAAAAUAAUAGAUAUCGUUCUGAUCAUGAUAUUUUUGCCAGUGGUGUACUUCGCUCUUGCUGGACCAGUUCUAUGUUUUGCACUAUCCGCAGCUCGUAUUAGAAGGCAAGAUUAUGGCAUCACCGAUGGAGAUGGCAAAGCAAAUAUGAAGCCCGCACUGAACUUGUUCUACUACGUAUCUAUUGUUCACAGUGCAAUUUACGUAGCGUAUAUGAUAACCGAAUUGAUUGCUGAUGAAGUAUUGGUGUGGAGAGUUAGCCAGCUACAUGGUUUCAGCCCCGAAAUACUUGGUGGAUACUUGCAGGAAACCAAGCAGAUGUGCGCAACCAACCCCGGGUCCACGGAGAACUGGAAUCUGAUCACAUAUGGUGCCAACUUGCUGGAUUCCCAAUUACCGGAGGAUUAUGCAUCAGGAGGAAGGACACUAACUAUGCUGAUUGAUCAGGGUAUACCAGUAGUACAGAUAACACAGCUGCUUAUUACGUCACCGACACAUAGAAUUCAGAAGCUGAUCGGAAGCCUUGCUUGGAGAAGUCCAGCCGAACGGGAGAUGAGAUGGCUGGCGGCGAGGAUAAUGGAGCACCUCGCUGGCCACCUCAACCUUGCUCAAUUUCCAGGAGCAAUAGAGUGUAUAUCCUCCCUCCUUGACACGUCCUCCUAUGGUGAUCAAGAAGCUCUCCAUUUGCCAUUUCUGAUUGGGCGUAGCAAACAGAGGAACAGGAGAAGUUGGAUACACCGAUUUUUAGCGCAGGAAAAUAAAUAUGGUAACCUGAAAGUUCCAGAAAGCCCCUUCGGGAUCAUGUUCGGCUUCUCGCUAGAACGGAUUCACAAGAUAUAUGGUGCUCUGGAGAAUGAUGGUAGCCCAGUGAAACACAGCGAGAAUGGUGAAGGAAUUGAUGAGGAUCUUGUUUUGCCAGGAUUGAGAAUUCUAGAGAAAUUGGCUCAUGAUAGGCAUAACUGCAAAUUGAUAUGCAACACCAAGGAUCUUCUCUCAAAAGUAGUUGCGCCUGUAAGCUCCGACAAGUUGGUACAAGAUAUCAAGAGCAACGCUGGGUGGACAAAAGUAGUAGACGGGUCAUUAAAAGUGGUGAGCAGGCUCAUGGGUUCGCCGGGCAGCACCGAAGAAGAGAUGCACAGCCUAAUCGCAGGUGCAGCCAACAACUUGGAAGCAAUUCUGGACAUGGAUAUGAUGAGUAACAGCAGUAUCAUAGAUCUACAGACGACAGCAAUAGAGGUUCUUACACAUUUAGUCUUGCAUCAUCCACCAAGUUCUGCUACUGUACUGAGAAGAGAUAAACUCAUCAAGGGUGCGGUACACAUCUUUGUUACUGAAGAUUGGAUGAAAGAUUAUUUGAAACAUGAAGAAAAGAAAAUCAACAGCCCAACCUCAAGUCACAUGGAAAAGAAGAUGAGACAAGCCAAGGAAAGUGCAAGCCGGCUUAAAGAGAAGGCCGGCGAAGCAUUGGCCAGUUUGUCCAGUAAUUCAGAGGCUUUCAUGAGUUUCACAGGAAGUGAAGAUUUUGCCCAUCGUCUAACUGAAUUGCUUGACUCCAGUAUCAGGACCAUCAAAUGCAAAAUAAGUGCAACAUAUACUGUGGAAGUAGAGAUCAACACGCGCUGUCGUAUCAGCGCGGCAGUCAUUUUGAAGAAUAUGAGAAACUACGUCAAGGAACCAACCUUAUGCAAGGUACUCGUAGAACUGCUUCUUACACAACCAGAAGCAAGUAGCACACCCCGUUGUUGGGAGCGUGUCACCGGUUGCAUUCCAUCAGGCAGAAACGACAUAGAAAACCCAAGCGAUUGUGGCCAAUAUGAGAGCCACACCCAGCAGUGCAGGGAGAGGAGGCUACAAGCAGAGCUGUUAUCACUAGUCGCAGGAAUUCAUGAGAGCAGCAAUGUUAACUUUGCAGAAACCUUAGUUUCGCAGCCGCAGCCAGUUGCCCUGGAAGAAUUUGUGUUGAGGGUCAAGAACAUGGUGGAAGAGAACAUGUACGCCACCCCUGCGUGCCUGGCGAUACAAAAGCUUACCUGCGAGAUGGUUAUAGAAUUGAUCCAGCAUGAUCGAAAUGCCGAAGUGAUUGAGAAGCACAAUAUUGUUGGAACACUAUCGAGGGCUUCAAAGAUGAUGGCCAGGCUUGAGAGAAACAUGCUUUUCGCUGGCGUGGAUCGUGAUUGCCACGGGGUUGCUCUAAGGCCUCUCUCUUCUGAUCUCGCUAAACAAGCAGAAGAUCUUUUGACACAGAGAAAACAGUUGCUGGGUAUCAAUGGUGUUGUGCCCGCUGGUAUACCGUGAUUGCUACAUAUAUGUUGCUUGUGUGAGUUAAGCUUCAAGAUGCCAAUUGGUGUCCUGCUGAAUGGCUAUGCAAUUCCCACUCACAUGUUUCUCCUAUUUAAAUUUUAAGGUGUUGGUUAUUCUACUAUCUGUUGGCAGCGAAGUUUUUCUAAAACCUAAGUAUUCUAACACGAAAAUCUUUCCAUGCAUACGAAACAAAUAAUUCAGUUUUGGAAAAAGAGGU